AUGCCCCUGAUAAUAAUUUUACACACCAUUUCAAUUUCGUUUAAUUCAUGCACAGAAGAAAAAUUUUAUGAUGGAAGUGGAAUUGCCCUUAGAAAAAUCAACAGAAGAUGUAGACUGUUUGACUGACAAUAACAUAUGUUGUCGGCAACAACAAAUAAAAAUGCUCUUAUCCUUGUUCGGCCAGAGAAGUCACAUGACUCCUGGUGCACUUUUUGUGUAUGGGCACACAGGCACAGGCAAAUCUUUAGUUAUACAGUCACUACUCUCAUGCAACAAGCUGCCACAUAUUUUGGUCAACUGUGUUGAAUGCUCAAGUGCUAGAUUUCUGUUUGAACAUAUUCUGAACAAUAUACCCACACCACAUGAGACAAGAUCCCCUACAGAAACCAAUUCAAAUGAUGAUGAGGAUGAUGAUUACUUACAUUGUGAUGAUAUGACUGAUUUUAUUCGCCAGCUAGUCAAAACUGUGUCUGAUAGAUCUCUCAGAGAUCAAACUCUGUAUAUCGUGUUGGAUAAAGCAGAAAGAUUUAGAGACGGGAAUGUUAAUCUUCUUCCAGCUGUCCUUCGUUUGCAAGAACUGUCAGGGCUUAAUGUCUGUGUCAUAUUGAUAUCUGAAGUUGUGUGGGAAAAAUUUAGGACUGGAACAGGAUUUUAUGAGCCUUAUUGUAUCCAUUUUCCAGACUACAAUAAACAAGAACUUAUGGAAAUUAUGUGUCUCGAUACACCAUCUACCUGUGAAAAAGAUCUUUAUGCCAUGUAUGUGAAUAUUGUUUUGUCAGUUUUCCAUAUGGUUUGUCGAGAUUUACGGGAACUAAGACAUAUUGCUCGUCUUAAUUACCCUUACUUUAUAGAACCUGUGGAAAGAGGAGAAAUACAAGUGGCCAAUGUUAAAAAAUUGUGGAGAAAUAUUGAGCCACACCUUAAGAAAGCACUGAAAGGUGUUUACUUAAGAGAGGUAUCAAGUCGACAGUGGGAACAGAUGCAGCAAGCAGAACUGGAAGACCCUGAUUCUGAUCUUGCUAAAGCAACCCCAUCCAGAACUCAUGUGGAACUCCCUUACUAUUCCAAGUUUUUGCUUAUUGCUGCAUACCUAGCUUCAUACAAUCCCAUGAAAUAUGACAGAAGAUUUUUUGCUAAGAAUUCUGGCAAAACAUCCAGACGUUCAAAACUUAUUAAAAAGAAUGAAAGAGCAAGUAACCAUUUACUUGGACCAAAAAUGUUUCCUAUUGAUCGUUUAAUGGCUAUAUUCUACUCUAUUGUUGAAGGAAAUGUCAUUCCAUCAGCUCAUAUUUAUGUACAGAUCAGCUCUUUAGUAAGUCUUCAUCUUCUUAGCCAGAUUGGAGGAGAAGACAAAAUAGCAGCUCCUAAAUACAAAUGUAUGGUGAAUUUAGACUUCAUAAGGUCUAUCGCCAGGACUGUUCAGUUUGAUGUUAUGAGGUACCUAUACGACUUCUUGUAAAGAUAGAAGGUGCAUUUUUUGAAGGAAAAUAAAUGUAACUUAAAAUAAUUCAUGUUUGUUAUAUGGUUGUUUCAAAAAGUAGCUUUUAUUGUUAUUAAAGCAAUUGAUAUUGUUAUUAGUUUCUAAUUGAUAAAAUUGCAAUAUAUUUUACAUAAUAUAAAGGAUCAUUUAGUGCCAUGUUUUAUUAAAACUAGUGUAUUAAUCAGGAUCUUUGUUAAUUUUCUUAUAAAUAAGUUUUCUGUAAGAAAAGAAACACUUCCUAAGUAUACAAACUUUCUAAGUACUAAGGCUUGUUAUUUACCAUAAAUUAUUCAUGGUUAGUUGCUAAAUGUGGACAGUGGUUGUAAAUUAUUUUGCAAUUUCCUGUUUAUUUAAUUAUAUUUUACCUAAUUUUACAUUCGUUAGCUUAAAUUA